AUGAAUACAAUCAGAUCUACCUGGAUUGGUUGGGGCAGUCUCUGCAUUGCCGGCGGCGGUGCCUAUUAUUUUGCCAAGCGAUCAAUCAAUGCAGACCGGGCCGCCAGAUUUGAUGCAGAAAACAAGCGCAAGGCCCAUCUCAAGGCCAUGGAAGCUGCGGACCGGCGACGAGCCACGCUGUCCACACCUACCUCAACCCCAAGCGACGAUGCCAGCUUGAAGCGAGCAAAUAUGGCACGGUUCCAGAAUGCCAACGACGACGUCGCCUCCCCCAGUGCAGAAGCCUCGCAUGACCCGGCCCCGACUCGGCACGAGCCUAUGAACGAGAACGAGCGCGUGCUGGAGAAGGGGAAAUAUGAGGCGGCCGAACCAUUCCGGCCUCCUCGUGGGAACCGGUUCAGUUAA